AUGAUACUAAGAGCUCGGGCAUGUGAACAUAAGCUAGACGAGGAAUUCAUCUGUAAAUCAAUGGCAAGACAUUUUGGGAACACUAUCGAAGAAAUAAUGUUAUAUCAAGGAAUUAAUAGUAUUGAUGGAUUUUUGGAGGUUCUAAACCGUUUUGGGAGAGAAAGGAUUCUCAAGGAAAAUAAUUCCUACCAGAGGCCUUCGGCUAGAUAUCUUGAAGAUAAAGAGCCACCUCAGAUGAAAACUAAUCAACAGGUGAAGGACCAAGGAAAUAACCUGCCUUCAAGACCUUAUAAUGAAAAAAUGAACACUAGUCAGUACAACACUGGUUUGCGACCUUAUGAUAAAAGCUACUCAAACUCAGUUAAGAGAAGAAACUUUGAUAGAAGCCAGAAUUGGAAUCAGUCCAAUCCUCAAGUGAACAAAAUUAGCGUAGUAAGGGAGAAAAAUAAUCAAGAACCUGUCAACAGUUAUCAACAGAAAACAUAUCCUGAUAAACAGGCAAGACAGAAUAUAAAUAAUCAGACUUUUGAAGAGAACUACAGGCCAGCAAUUGCUAAACAGCCAGUACAGAACGAAGAGGAAGAUAACAUAAAUAUUGCUUAUAUACCAGAAGAUAGUCAUGAGGACUGGCAAUUAAGGAACAAUGGCUCGGUAAACCACAUUCAAACUAUAUCUUUACCUACCGAACCUUCUCAACCCAUCACAGAAAAUGAAGAACCAACUAUUGAAGAAUAUGAAUAUCCAAAAUUAGAAACAACACAAAAUCAUAAGAAGAUCCAAGCCUUAGUAAAUUCAGGCUAUAAAACAGUCAGUUUAAGCCAGGAAGCACGUAAAAUAGAGUUGAAGCACACUGGACUAGAGAAACUACCAGUACCUAACACUGUAGCAGAGACGAUUACUAGAUGGUCUAAGUCUAUGAGGGAGAAAAUAACUACGGAUGUAAUUCUACCUAACCACGCCAUCAACGACGAAGGCAGAAUAAUCCAAGAAGAACUAGAAGACCAUAGAAGCUAUCUCCGCGGCAAAGUCAAAAUAAAAUGGCAAUGA